GUUUCUUACAAUAGUGCUCAAGAUGGUGUUGAAAAUGGUUUUUCAAUACAUUGCAAGAAUGUCAUUUUUAAUAUUUCUGUGUUUUAUUAUACUUGGUGUUGAAGCUGGAAAUAAGGAAUUAAUUGAUCUUCACCUUGAAGAAAAAUCAAAUAUUGAACUGGGAUUAAAAAGUAUCGUCAAUAAUAUCUUUAAAGAAGAGACAAAUCUGGAAUAUAAAGUCAAAAAUAACAGAACUGAAAGUAUUCAAAACUUUUCAGGAAAAACACAAUUCAUAAAAGAAAACUUAGAAGACAUUUUUAACAAGAAAAAUAAAACAAAAUUAGAUUGGUGGCAGACAUGCCUUAUUUAUGAAAUAUACCCUAGAUCUUUCAAGGAUUCAACUGGCACUGGCAUGGGAGACUUACGUGGAAUUAUUGAAAAAAUUCCCUACCUUAAGUACUUAGGAGUAUGCGCUGUCUGGUUAACUCCAAUAUACCCUUCACCAGGAGUUGAUUUGGGUUACGACAUAACAGAUUUCAAAGCAAUCGGUGAAAAUAUAGGCACAAUGGAAGACUUUGAGGAGUUAAAAAAUAAACUUCACGAAAAUGGAAUUAAAAUUAUACUAGAUAUAGUACCAAACCAUACAAGUGAUAAACAUGAAUGGUUUAUUAAAUCUGUACAAAGGGAAGAACCGUAUACAGAUUAUUACGUGUGGGUCGAUGCAAAAUAUGUAAAUGGAACUAGACAAGUUCCAAAUAAUUGGAUGGCAAUAUUUGGAAACACUAUGUGGGAGUGGAAUGAAAUACGCCAGCAGUAUUAUUUGCAUCAAUUCUUGAUUCCGCAACCAGAUUUGAAUUUUUGGAAUCCAUUAGUCCGCAAAGAAAUAAAAGAUAUUCUGCGCUUCUGGUUAGAUAAAGGUGUUGAUGGAUUUCGAAUGGAUGCAAUUCCACACAUAUAUGAGAGGCAAGAUUUUUUAGAUUCGCCAAUUUUAAAUGAUGGAACACCAGAAAUAAUUGAUUAUACGCAGGGAUUAGAUGAAUGUUUUUAUGAAGUAAAUGAAUGGAGAUAUUUAUUAGACGAGUAUACGAAGAAGGAUGGCAAAACAAGAUUUAUGGCCAUUGAAAGCUAUUUGAAGUUUAAAUAUUCGAAGAAAUUUUAUGGAAAUGAGACAAACCCUGGGGCCCAUUUCCCACUAAAUGUAUGCUUUAUAGUAUCAUCUCAUAUGUCUGCAAAAGAAUAUGUUGAUACGCUAACAGAAUUGUUUUCGAACUUACCAACUGGAGCAUGGUUAAGUUGGAUUAUUGGAAACCACGAUACACAACGGGCAACAUUUAGAUUUGGAUUGGAAUUAAUAGAUGGUAUGCACAUGAUACAAUUGCUAUUACCAACAGGAACACCUGUUGUUUAUAUGGGUGAUGAAUUGGGAAUGACAAAUACUUAUUUGAGAGAUGAUCAGCGUUAUUAUGAUGUACUCGGUCCCAAUCGCGAAAAAGGUCGUACACCUUUUCAAUGGGAUUCCUCACCACAAGCUGGAUUCUCCAAUAAAACAAAGACAUGGUUGCCUGUUAAUCCAAAUUAUGUAACUUUGAACGUCGAAUCUGAAAUGGCCGCUAGACGUAGUCACUUAAAGAUAUUCAAAGAAAUUGCAAAUCUGAGAGAGUUGGAAGUAUUCCGUACGGGGAAUGUAGAACUUUAUGAAAUAUCAGAAUACGUAUUUGCUUUUUCGAGAAGUAACAAUUUUUUCAAAAAUUACUUUAUUGUCAUCAAUCUUGGAUCAGAAUUGGAAAAUAUUAAUCUCAAAAAAUUCAAGAAUUCAUUAUCUCCUAAAAUGAUUGUAAAAAUUUCUAGUUUAUAUGCUGAACAAAGUAAUGGAGAUAUUGUUAGUGCUAAAUCAUUCACUUUGAGACCAUCGGCAGCACUUGUUUUGGAGUCAAUAUUUUAUUAACUUAUGAUUUUUAGUGAAUAAACAAUAAUAAUGAAAAUAA